AUGAAGCCACCGCGUCAAGCUGAGGGGGCUUCGACUGCGGAGAUGACAGCGACCGAUCGCCGUCAGGAGAAGAGGGUGGCCAAGGCCGAGGCCGUUCUUGAGGCACCCCUCCAAGUCACCGAGAAGAGGCAAAUCGAGGGCGCCCUUGACGUGACCCAUCUCCCGAAGCGGCAGAACGAGGGGGCUACCAUUCUGAUUCCCGAUGAUGAAGAGAAGGAGGAUGUCGGGCCAAUGAAUGUGGCAUGUCCUCAGAAGGUUGUGUCGUUCGUCAACUGCUUCAUCGACAGCGCACAGAUGGAGCUCUCGGAGUUGGUGUAG